UAUUUUGCCCCAAAGUAUGUGUAACUCAGAUGGAGUAUACAUUAGCCAUUCCGUAAUCGGCACUCCUCCCCUAAACACUCUCACUCUCAUCGGAGAAUUAAUCUUUUCAGACUACGCCGACGAAACCACCGUCAUUAGUCUUUUAUUUCCUCCGUCGCUAUUGUUCUUCAUCGGCCAAUCCUGAUCAAUUUGGCGGGCCCUUCUGUUGUGAAGGGAGUUAAGUUAAGCUGCGCAAAUACUUGCAGACUGCAGUCCGCCAUUUCCAUUGAAGUGAUUGAUCUUGCUUUGAUAUGGAACUUGAACGAGAAUCAGGAACAUCCUUUUCUCAAGAGGGUGUAUCAGAAAUCUCAGAAGAAUGUCAUUCAAAUUCCAGCAACCUAUAUGCCAUUGACACGGUGAAGAAGCUACUGUUUCGUCGAAUGCUGGUUGGUGUAAAUGAUGGAAGGUUUUUCAUGGGAAACUUUCAUUGCAUGGAUAAACAAGGCAACAUAAUUUUGCAAGAUGCUGUUGAGUUUCGAAGUGUAAGACGGUCAUCUCCUUCGCCAAUGGAACAACGUGGUCUUGGUCUUAUUCUCAUCCCUUCAUCGUGCCGGAUCUCCUGUCGGGUUGACUCCCCAGUUGAAGAAGAAUUGUCAAUGCUCUCAUUGAAGGAUAUUUAGGUGUAGAAGAUGCGACUCUCAUCUUGUAGUUUUAAUGUUUUUUUUGACAAUGCAGAGUAUUAGGGAACUUAAAUGCGAAUAUUUGAAAACUUCAUAUUUUUUGGGUUGAAUGAUAUUGCUAAUGUGUGGCCUUCUUCA